AUGAGCAAAGUAGACCUAGACGCGCUGCCUCCGCAGUUCAAGCAGGCGGUGGAAGCGAUUCGUGCCGUCGUACCUGCCGAACUGGCCUCCCCGAAGUGGGGUAUCAUCUGGUACGUCGGCCCCUUGGACACCUCCCUCUCACCUUUUUUGUUUCUCAUCGCUGACCUUGCCUUUUUCUCCUUGUUUUUGCUUUAUGAUAGCGGAUCCGGGUUGUCCGGACUAGCCUCGACGCUGACCUCCGUAGUGCACGUGCCCUACACCUCGAUCCCGGGUUUCGCGGAAUCCACCGUCGCCGGUCACACCUCUUCGCUCGCCUUCGGCUUCCUCUCGUCGAUCCCCGUUGUCGCGUGUCUCGGUCGUUUCCACACGUACGAAGGUCACUCCGCCUCCACCUGCGUCUUCCCCACGCGCGUUCUGGCGCUCCUCGGCAUCCGUGCUCUCAUCGUUACCAACGCUGCUGGCGGUCUCAACCCUUCCUUUUCUGUUGGAACGAUCAUGGCGAUUCACGAUCAUCUUUCCCUUCCGACUCUUACAUCUAUGAACCCGUUGAUUGGUGCGAACUUGGACGCAUUCGGACCUAGAUUCCCACCUCUCUCAAACGCAUACUCUUUGGAUCUCCGGUUGGCGCUCUACCGAGCAGCUCAGAAACUCAACCUCCUCCCCUCCCUAGCUUCCGGAACGUACGCGUAUGUUCUAGGUCCAUCGUACGAAUCCCGCGCAGACGCCAACUUCCUCCGCUCCGUCGGCGCCGACGCAGUCGGCAUGUCCACCGUCCCCGAAGUCAUCGCCGCCACCCACGCAGGCAUCAAAGUCCUCGCCAUCUCCCUCAUCACCAACAACGUCGUCCUCCACGACUACUUUGACUUCCAAAAAGCCAUCGAGCAAGAACAAAACGGUGGCGAAAAAGUCGAAGAAACCAUCCAAAAAUUGAUCGCAAAGGACACCCAAGGUGCAGCAAAUCACGAAGAGGUUCUCGAAGCAGGAAAAGCCAGAGCCGAGGAUAUGAGCAGAUUGGUUGCCGAAAUCGUCCGUUCCACAGAUGUAUAG